AUGUCCAACAACCCUUUUACGCCUUCCUAUGGCCAAAGGCGUGAUGGGCCCAAGCCGGCAGAGCUACAAAUCCCCCAAAUACCGAAUUUCCCACUCUCAUCCCCCAUACAUGAAGAGCUACUCACGCCGUUUGAUGAUCUCGACUCCUCUCCGGACCCUUCAAACCCAUUCACGUCGCCAGAGGACGCGAAGGCGGAAACAUUUAGCUCCAACAACCCGUUUUUGAACCCAAAGGAAGGACUAGGCGGCAUAUCGAAACUAAAGGGCCGCUGGGGAUCAGUUAAACAACCUACUCGCGUUAAUGUGACAAGACGGUCACCCAAGCCCGGCUUAAAUUUGGUCACGAACUUUUCUUCGCCUGGUGCGCAGAGCAGGACGUAUCAGUGGGCUGAACAGCAGCAACAACAGCGGCAGGACCAGGAUGGGACAAAACAUUUCAGUGAGGUUGCCGAGAUGGAUGGCCAGUCUAUAUCGACGUCUAGGUCUCUUUCCAGGACAAACUCGAAGAGUCUACGGAUAGAUACUUCUCAGCUCAAACCAAGAUCAAGACCUGCACGCGUGGAAAAGCGUCAGUCUGCUCGAAAAGGCCCUAUACGAUUGUUCCAGAAACCCCUUUCACCAGAGAUAGCUGUCUCACCGUCCGAUAGACCUAUUGUUAUAGGCGUGUCUGUCCCUCUAGGCUCACCGGCUGCUUUAGCGUUUAGCUCGGAUGCAAGGUCCACUCCGGGAAGAGCGAAUAGUAUACAUAGCCUGCGCAGUCACGGAAACACCCCAGUUACUCCAACUAUAGUUGUCACGCCUGCCUGUGAAGAACGACACUGGACAUCAGACAAGAUGGAGGAGGCCGUGCCACCAAGACCUCGGCCAGCGUCAAGUAUUUACUCAACAGCCACUCCCCUGGUAAGAGGUGUUAACAAGUCGGAAGAUAUCCCUCCAGUGCCCGCUCUUCCACCGCCAGGAGCCUAUGGUGGACAGGGGAUAGAUGAUCCGUUUGGAACUAUGGAGGUGAUUUCAGAACGGCGAAGACGGGUGCUUUCAUCUGGGACUUUGUUCGAGGAGGAGGAUUCCCCGUCAAGACAAAUAAAUCGGCCACGAUCGUUUUCCAAUAAAGAAAUCAGCCGUAACGAAGGUGGACUUGUUGCAUCUACUAGCCGGUUCAGUUUGGAGACCAUCUCUCCACGUCGACGAUCUGAAGGUUGGUGGAACUACCUUCUAUCUCCCUUGCUAUCUCGCUCUAGUACAAUGACUACUAUCAACACCCUUCACCGUAACGGAUCUCAGGGUGAUGAUGAAGGACCUCCUCCUGUGCCAGAGUUACCAAACAAUACACGCCUGCAGCUUGCUAUACCAAACAGGCAUGAUGAGCCAACCCUCACAAACAAGGAAUGGCGGGACAAGCAAGUUUCCGUCUUUUCACCCAUCACUCCAGAAACAGCCACGGAAAAAGGGUCUCCCUCCGUUAAAUCCCCUGCUUCGGGCUGGCGAGAACGGUUGGUUUCUGUCUUUUCUCCAAUCACACCCGACAGUGCAGGUACUUCCAAGGAGAAACGUAUACUAAGCAACGUCACUGAAUGGCCGGGUAUGGACCACUGGUACUUCCAACAAGAGAAAAGCCAGAUGAAGGUUGAUACUGGAAAUCUUACCCUUAACACCACUGUGAAAAACAAGGGGAAUGUCACUACUUCACCUAAACACCGUGAAAAUGAGGAGCAUAGGACAUCGCUUUGCUCCGCCGUCACGUCGCAGUCAAUUCCGUUCAUGAUGUCGGAUCCAUCUAGUCACCAUGCGAGUGUCAGCACAGGUGCUAACCAUAGUUCAAGAAAUAUCUCCAAUAAUCAGUCCUUUGCCAGCUACAGCCGGGGUGCUACGAACAAGGACUCCAACCCAAAUAUUUGCAGGACUGAUUCCCACAAAGAUCAAAACACGAAUAACCCGUUCUUUCAACAGUUUGUCGACUCUAUUCGAGGUGAAGACGGUAGAAGACGCUCUGAUUCUGCAUCUACCAUGAUCGAAGAGGAUGAGCCUGAUAUUUCCCCCAACGUCCGCCAUGCAACUGCCACCCCGAUUUUUCACCACACCAUGCCUACGAUGGUAGGAACUCGUGGCCCGCCCGCUCCCAUAGCACCGCCAGCAGCAGCUCGACGAACUAGCGUAUCGAGCUCUGGAUCUGAUUCUUCAUGUUCUCCCGAGCCAACACCGGAGAGGCCAAAAAAUAAGAUUGCUGGUAUAGGAACUAUCAAACGUAAGACGGUUCCAAAGUACCAUGCCAUUCUACCACCAGACAGACAAUCACCACUGGAAUCACCGGGCCCUCUCUCUCCUGAAGCUCAAGCCACGUUGAACUCUGGCGGUAUCCAAAUGAAUGAUGUCCCCUUACCACGUCGGCCGGAUAGGACCUAUCUCCUACCUGCAACCAACGAUUUCCCUCGCCACCCAAAGGUAUCCCCAGUCAUAAUGCAGACACCAAUCAUCCGCCAGACCCCCAAGAUAGGCAUCACCAAAAAGGAUGUCAAGUCCAAAACAGAAAUAAAACAGAAAAAGGUAUCUCGUAAGGAGGUUGUUGGUCAGGACAGCAGUUUCUGGCGUGGCCAAAAGUGUCGAUGCAAGCAGGGCUGUGCUGGGAAUCGAGACUGUGAAGGUAGAAGAAAAAGACGGAAAUGUUGCUGGAUUAUCAUCAUCUUGAUAUUGCUAUUUCUUAUCGGUUUGGGUAUCUUGUUAGGCGUGUUGCUGACGAGGAAAGGUCCGGGCCAGAGCCAGCCUCCAAGACCCCCUGGCUCUGGACCGCAGCCAACGCCUGGACAAGAACCGGGACAGAAGAUGGAAGACGAUCGAUGGUUGAAUCUUACUGGUUACCCACCUAUUCCAACUGGAAUAUCUACCGUUGCUGGCCCGAGUGCUGCCAAUAUCAACUCGGGUUGUAUUGCACCAACAAGUAUGUGGAGCUGCUCUUUGCCAAAGGAGAUGCAGGACGCAAAUAAGCCGUUUGAUGCGGACCAGCCUCGGUUCAAGAUUGAAAUCAAAUUCAAGAACGGGACCUAUCAGCAUAGCACCACCAUAGCAGAUAAAGGGAAGAGAGAGGUACCUACCCUUUCCAACCUUUUCGUUCUUGGAAACUGGGCGAGGAGACAAUACCCCCUUGAACGCAGAGAUGAAUUCACUCCAUCUCCAGCACAACCUAGUGUUGAAGAGCAAUCAUUCCUCGGAAAUACCACUGACAAAACCGCCGCUCCAUUCGAGGGAGAGGAAACGCCCUUUUUCGUAACCGUUUUAGACACUGCUCCGCCAAAAGGUGUUCCUGGAACAGGAAAUAGCGCUCGAUUCCGCCGUAGUGAACCAGAGGGUUUCCCUGACCUGUCCAAAAUCAUCCCUCCGCCAGCUCUUGAUACCGAUGGCACAGCUGCACCAGCAACUCUAUACCCAUUCCCUUCAUCCCAGCCUCUCCGUCUAUACGAUCGUGGCCUACCAACAGAACAUUAUGGGUUUUACACGUACUACGAUCGAUCUAUUUUCCUCAAGUCCUCACGCCCCAUAGGCGAUGGCAAGGAAACCGGGAACAUCCCCAGCGAUCUCGACGGCGGCUCAACGAAAUCCGCUGCCAGCGUACAAUGCACAUGGGCACAAACAAGAUUUCUCGUCCAGAUAUGGACUCAACCAUCUAAAGCCGGAUUGGAACUCAUGUCACCAUCCGGUGAUCCUGGUCCAAAACCACCAUCCUAUGCAGAAGAUUUUAGACGGCCCGGUUCCUUGCCAUACCCGAUCACAAUCACGCUGGACAGACAUGGGGGUGACCCGAAGAAGAAAUUCGUGUACUGCUAUGGCCUAGAUGUGGGUGGGAAGCCGAUCAUGACAAAGAAGAAACUCCAGCUUGAACAUCGUGAUGUUGGUGGCGUGCUUGUUAAUCCUGCACCGGGAAUAUUCAACAUCUCAUCUUCAUCGAAGAACAGCAAACGAGCGGAUGUCCCUGGAAUAGACGGCGGAUCGGGUGGGUGCCACUGCGAAUGGAGAAACUGGCUGAAAGCCUAG